AUGUCAUGCACGCUCUCAUUCACCCCCUCUAGUCGCCCUUUCGGUCCUUCAGCCGCAAGCUCAAGCCGUGCCAUCGUCCUCGCCUCCGAUGUUUUCGGGUUCGAGGCACCUUUACUCAGACAGAUAGCCGAUAAAGUUAGCGAGGCUGGAUACUUUGUUGUGGUGCCUGAUUUCUUCAAUGGAGAUUAUUUAGACUCAAGUAAAAACAUUUCAGAGUGGAUAAAGCUUCACUCCCCGUUAAAAGCUGCCAGAGACGCCAAGCCACUCUUUGCUGCUUUAAAAAAGGAAGGAAAGUCCAUCGGGGUGGGAGGUUAUUGCUGGGGUGGAAAGUUCAGUGUGGAGAUGGGGAAAACCAGUGAUGUUAAAGUAGUUUCCAUUUCUCAUCCUUACAUUGUGACUACUGAUGACAUGAAAAUGGUUAAAUGUCCAAUCGAGAUCCUUGGAGCUCAAUACGACGAAGUCGCACUGCCAAAACUAGUGUACCAGUAUGUGAGUGUAUUGCGUCAUAGAACAGAGAUUUCCUACUACGCCAAGGUCUUUCCAGGAGUUGCACAUGGAUUUGCUUGCUGUCAAAACUGCUGA